CAGCCAAUCGGAUCCUCGGAUCCCUCACCACGUCAUCGUGGGCUCCCCGUUGAAAUUGGCCGCGAGCUGAAGAUGAUAGAGGAGCGCGAGGCGAGGAGGACAACAUCUACGGGAAGAAGAAAAAAAAAACACAACAAGGACAAGAAAUUCCCCUCCAAAUAAACAUGUUGGAUUCGCUCACAUUACUCCUGGAAAAAGUAUUCUUCCUCACUCACCUCAAUGUCUUCAAUCACUUCAGGACAAGUCUGUUUUUUUCAGACACACAGAGAGAGAGGGAGAAGAAGAUAGUUACAAAUCACUGCGAGAAAGAGGAGGUCCCCGAUCCCUCCGUCGACACCGCACUCCCAGACUCCCUAUACCAGCGGGGAGACUUGUUAGAAGUUCCCCGGACUCUAUUCACUCAUUUCGGUAUCUAUUUAGGGGACAACCGGGUGGCACAUCUAAUUCCGGAUAUUUUGCCACUUUUUACAACGGACAAGCGUUUCAUUCAGGUGACGGUAACUAACAAACGUUUAGUUCUCGGCGUUCUCUCCAAGAGCGCCAGCAUCCGGGUGGAUACUGUUGAGGAUUUUGCCUACGGCGCGUCAAUUUUACUUAACGUUAUGGACACUACCGUGCAGAAACGACCGUUGGAUAGCGAAGAGAUUGCGAGGAGAGCGGAGGAAAUGGUUGGGAAGAUACGUUACAGUUUGCUGUGGAAUAACUGUGAACAUUUCGUUACUUACUGCCGGUACGGCAGCGCAAUCAGCAUUCAGACAGACAAGUUCUGUGAUUGGCUGAAAUCUAUCAUCCGGGAUCAUAGGAGUGUUCCGUUGACGGCGUUCCUGGGAAUUCUGUCUGUUCUCUUUCUGGGAAUGUCCCCUUACACCACGCUUCCCACCCUCCUCAUUCCCUUCACCCUCUGGAUGGCAGGCUGAUACUGGAAAUUCUGGAAAAUAAUCCAGAAUGAAAUUGGAAUUCUGGAAUUCCAUUUCAUUUCAAUAUGAAUUUUGAUAAUAUAUAUAUAUAUAUAUAUAUAUAUAUUUAACAUCUCCAGAAAUGGAAAUGUUCACGUGUCAAUAAAAAUGUAUUUUCUUUUUUAAAACAUAAUAAUUUUGGGGGUGUUUUAUAUUUGUCAUGUUACACACACACACACACACACACACAAGUGUGACAUGGAAAGGUGUUUCUUGCAUAUCCCAACUCCACCUGAGACACCCGCAGGGAGUGGGGUCCCCAUUGUACAAUUAGCAAUUAGAGUUAAGUGCCUUGCUCAAGAGCAAAGCAACAGAUUGUUCACCUACUCAGCUCCGGUAUUCAAACCAGCGACCUUUCGGUUACUGGCCCAACGCUCUAACCACUAGGCUACCUGCCGCUCCUAAACAGCAGCAUUACGACAGUGUUCAGACAGUAGCCCGUGUCACGCUCUGAAUGUGUUUUAUACCACAAAAACACCAGUACAGUCAUAUUGACUUUUGAGUUUGUACCCAUCUCUAACCAUGAACCUUUGCACAGAUUGUAUUAUUUUUUACAUCGUAAAACUUUAUACUGUUUUUGUGAUGUAAAUAAAUACCUGAACAUUAAACACUGUAGUGUACUGAUA